AUGAGGUCUUCGGUUUACGGCCUUGGCCUGCUCGUUGGUGCGGCCUCGGCCAACAUCAACUUCUUCUGGGUCAACCCCACCUGCAACUACACUGACCCCACUGCUCACACCUGCUUGACUGGCCAGCACUGCAUAGAGAACAACACUUGUGUUCCAGAUGAUGCCAGCCCCUACUCCAAGGUUGUAUCCCGCUCUACUUUGCUUUUCGCUCCUACCAAGAGGCAAAACAACAAGUACUCCCAGGAUGGCAAGUGCGGUCCUCAAAACGGCAAUUUGCUCUGCGACCCCAACAGCACAGUCUACACGGGCACUUGCUGCUCCGAGUACGGCUGGUGCGGCAACACCGCAGCCCACUGCUCAAAGGGCUGCCAGUCUGGUUGCGACAAUGCCGCCAAACCCUCUACUGCCGCCACCCCUUCCAACUCUGCCGCCCGGGACGACGGCCGCUGUGGAAAGGACUUUGGCGGCGCUACCUGCGAUGCCAAGGGCGCUUACGGUGGCUGCUGCUCUGAGUACGGAUACUGCGGUAGCACUGACGGUCACUGCCUCAAGGCCAAUGGCUGCCAGAAUGGCUGCAAGGAUGGCACUCCUCAAAACGAUCCUAAGCCUACUACCGCCACCGUUACCCGCCCUCCCUCGACCACCACCUCUGGCGAGCCUGUACUAGGAAAGCCAACCACCCCCAGCAACCCCAAUGGAAUCCCCACUACUGAUGGAAGCUGCGGUGCCAAGUUCGGCAACACUGUUUGCGGAAGCUGGGCCCAAGGCAGCUGCUGCAGCAUGUACGGCUACUGUGGUAACACAACUGCUCACUGUGGUGAAGGUUGCCAGAGCGGUCCUUGCAACCAAGCUCCUACUGUCCCUGCCCCCGGUGCCAGCCCGGCGCCUGUUGCUGCUAAGCCCGGAAGCAUUGCCCUCAAGGGCCGAUCCGGUGUCCCUGCUAUGCACGCUGGUCUCAUGCCCAACGGUCGUGUUGUCUUCCUUGACAAGGUUGAGAACUACACUGAACUCAAGCUUCCCAACGGCCAGUACGCCUACUCCUCCGAGUGGGACCCCGUCACCGGCCAGUUGGUUCCCCUUGCCUACAAGACCAAUGCCUUCUGCUCUGGUGGUAUCUUCCUUGCUGACGGUCGCUUCGUCUCCCUCGGUGGAAAUGCUCCUCUUGACUUCAUUGACCCUACUGUUGGUGAUGGUUUCAAGGGUAUCCGUUACCUCGAGCGCUCCUCCACUGAUGCUUCCAAGAACGGAAAGGCCUGGGUCGAGCCUGGUCAGCUUCUCGAUACUCCCCGCUGGUACGCCUCCGUCCAGAUCAUGCCCGACGACUCCAUCUUUGUCGCAUCUGGCUCCAAGAACGGCCUCGACCCCAGCAAGCCCGAGAACAACAACCCCACCUACGAAAUCCUGAACUCCGACGGUACUCCUCGUGGCAAGAGCUACAACAUGGAGAUUCUGAGCAAGAACCAGCCCUACUACAUGUACCCCUUCAUGCACUUGUUGAAGGAUGGCAACGUUUUCGUCGCCGUCUCCAAGUCCGCUGAGAUCUUCAAGGUCGAGACUGGCACCGUUGUCCGCAUGAUGCCCGACCUCCCCGGUACCUACCGCACUUACCCCAACACUGGUGGAUCCGUCAUGCUUCCUCUGUCCAGCGCCAACAACUGGAACGCUGAUAUCAUCAUCUGCGGUGGUGGUCCUUACCAAGACAUUACUGCUCCUGGCGACGCUUCCUGCGGCCGCAUCAGGCCUCUUGAUGCCAACCCACAGUGGGAGAUGGACUCUAUGCCUGAGGGCCGUGGUAUGGUUGAGGGUACUCUCCUUCCCGACGGUACCGUCGUCUGGGUCAACGGUGCUCAAGAGGGUGCCCAGGGUUUCGGUGUUGCUCGCGAUCCUGCUCUUGAGGUCCUUCUCUAUGACCCCAACCAGCCCAAGGGCAAGCGCUUCACCACCGGUCCCAAGUCCACCAUUGCUCGUCUCUACCACAGUGUUGCCCUUCUCCUCCUUGACGGUACUCUGCUCAUCUCCGGCUCCAACCCCGUUGAGCAGCCCAUCCUCAAGCCUGACGCUAAGAACCCUUACGUCACCGAGUUCCGCAACGAGAUCUACACUCCUCCUUACCUCCAGGGCAACCCUACCCGUCCUUCCAACGUCCAGAUCUCCAGCAAGAACCUCAAGGUCAACACUACCUUCAACAUCAAGUUCACUGCUCCCGCCAACGCCAAGGCAGUCAAGGUCACCCUCUACUACGGUGGAUUCGUUACCCACUCUCUCCACAUGGGUCACCGCAUGGCCUUCCUCGACACCACCGGCUUCAAGGCCGGCGCCACUGCCCAGAGCAUCACCGUCACCAUGCCUCCCAACAAGGCCAUUGCUCCUGCUGGUCCUUAUGUCAUCUACGUCCUUGUCGAUGGCGUCCCUGCCAUGGGCCAGUUCGUCCAGGUCUCAUAA